ACAUGGACCACAAUAGCCACUUCCUUGCACAGGCAUCUACAUGUAUUGGCUGCAACACAUGUCCAGUUGUUGGUAGCAAUGGCUUUGAACAUGUUUGUGAGUCUACAGGAGGAGGUUAUCUCAGCUCAGAUGAUGAAGAUGAUGAGCUGUGUCUACAUUGUGCUUCCUCAAUCAACCCAAUAUGCCAUGCAGAAGAGACACUUGUAACAAAGCACUGUUGCUCAUCAGCAAACAAAUCCACGGCAAGACCUUCACAAGACCCAUCCUUCAAACAGAAGGCGAAGUCUAACUGUAAUUGUCAAAAUGAGACUGAUGCACAAACACAUAAUGGGAAUACUGACAAUUCCCGAUUGACUCAGGAUGCUGGGACACAAACGGCAGCUGUUCCAGCAUUGUCUUGCCAGGAUGUCUCAGUUCAGUGUUCGCUUAUUCAUGCAGACCAUCACAGCAGUUCCAGUUCCCAGUUUGUGACUGAUCAGAAAACUAGCGUCCCUGCCACUAGGAGGCAGUCUUUUCAUUUCAAUGGAUUGCUCACUCCAACAACAGGCAGUUCUCAAAAAGAUGGUUGCACAAGAGAAGGGAAGAUACCGUUGGGGGCAUCAGCAAAAAAAGAACAGGCACAGAGACUUCCAAAAUCACAAAUAGACUUCUAUUUCCACAAACCUCAAAGUCAGGCUAGCAUGAAAAUACCUCCAACACCAAUUUUGGGCAAAACAAUCAUCAAAGCAUCAGAACUAAAAGAAGAGCAGCAGUUGGAAAGCAGAAUGAAAAUAGAGAGGUGUGGGGGCCCACAGUUAGAAAGUGUGACGCAAAACUCUGUCAAGGACGUCAGGCGUGCAGAAGAACCUGUGAAAGAGAAGAACUUCCCGGCAGAGCGAGGUGCAAAUUGGGUCUCUGAGGAGACCAAGAAACUACAAGAAAUUGCAGACAUUUUGCUAAUGCUGAAGCAAAGAAAAAUAAGUUCAGGAAAUUAUACCAACUGUGAGUUCUAGAAGUAAAUGUUGUUACAUUGUUGCAAUAUGUUCUCUAUGGAUGAGGGGUUGAAAAUUGAAUCUAAAAAUACCAUCAACAUAAUACAAAUAACAUCAGAUAGUUAUAUAUCUUUAUUUUUAUUAUC